AGAUUUGAAAAAAAAAAAAAAAAGAAGAAGAAUAACCGCUUGCGAGUGGCCGGUCGUUACGAUAGCAAUCCGUUCGAUGAAGAAGAAGUGAAUCCUUUCUCUGACCCAGCUGUUAGGGGGAAAGCAUCAGGCCAGUCAAAGUUUGGAGGAGGUGCAUUUUAUACAACUUCUGGAAGUGUUCCCCCUGCAGCAAAUUCAAGGCUUUCUCCUCUUCCUCCUGAACCGGUCGGUUUCAAUUAUGAUCGGGAUGCACCGAUUGACAUUCCUCUUGAUUCAGCUACUGACUUGAAGAAGAAAGAAAAGGAACUUCAAGCUAAAGAGGCUGAAUUAAAAAGACGGGAGCAGGAGGUAAGACGGAAAGAAGAAGCUGCAGCACGAGCUGGAAUUGUACUUGAGGAGAAAAAUUGGCCACCUUUUUUCCCAAUUAUUCAUCAUGAUAUUGCAAAUGAAAUACCAAUACAUCUACAAAGGUUGCAGUACGUUGCGUUUGCAACAUUUUUAGGAUUGGUUCUGUGUCUUUUCUGGAAUGUCAUAGCUGUUACUACAGCAUGGAUCAAAGGCGAAGGGGUAAAAAUUUGGUUCCUUGCCAUUAUUUACUUCAUAGCUGGGGUUCCUGGAGCCUAUGUGCUGUGGUAUCGUCCUCUGUAUCGUGCUUUCAGAACUGAAAGUGCUUUGAAGUUUGGAUGGUUUUUCCUGUUUUAUUUGCUCCACAUUGGCUUUUGCAUAGUUGCUGCAGUUGCUCCCCCUAUAUUUUUCAAAGGAAAAUCUCUCACGGGUAUUUUGCCUGCAAUAGAUGUUCUAAGCGGCCAUGCUCUGGUUGGGAUAUUCUACUUCGUUGGAUUUGGAUUAUUCGUCGUUGAAACACUGGUCAGCAUCUGGGUUAUUCAGCAAGUAUACAUGUACUUCCGUGGAAGCGGUAAAGCUGCUGAGAUGAAGCGUGAAGCUGCACGAGGAGCAAUGAGGGCUGCUCUAUGAUAAUACCCUCAGAAGGGAAACACUGCGAUAACCUCAUCUGUGGAUUUAGGUUGUACAUGCCCUUGGCCAUGGAUAGUUCGACGAUUUGGCGAUUGCUUGAGCCUGGCUUUUGUUACACCUGUAUUCUUAACUAUUUUCGAGUGCAACUUUUUGUACAUGUGUACUGGAGAUAAUUAACAUGAGGCUUUGUUGAGACUCACUAUCAUCAUUCCCCA